AUGAAGUCCUUCACCUCCGCUCUGGCUUUCGCCAGCAUCGUCUCCUUGGUCAACGGCCAUGGCUUCGUCACCAGCCCGAAAGCCCGCCAGCCCGGUACCGCAAUGGGAGCCGCCUGUGGCCAGCAAGUCCUGUCCAACCAAGGCUCCGACAAGUACGGCAACAUCCAAGGCGAGCUGCAAAUCGCCUCCAACCAGAACGACUACAAAGCCGCCGAGUGCGAUAUCUGGCUUUGCAAGGGCUACAAGUUCGCCGACAACAAGGACAACGUCCAGUCGUACAAGGCUGGCGAGAAAGUCGACUUCACCGUCGACAUCCGCGCCCCCCACACCGGUGUCGCUAAUGUCUCUGUCGUCGACACUUCUUCCAACAAAGUCAUUGGCACACCCCUGAUCUCCUGGGAUGUCUAUGCGUCCACCGCCACCGGCGUCAAAUCCGACGAGACCAGCUUCAGCGUCACCAUCCCCGACGAUCUCGGAAGCCAGUGUGUCACCGCCGGUGACUGUGUGCUGCAGUGGUACUGGUUCGCCGAGUCAAUUGACCAGACCUACGAGUCGUGUAUCGACUUCACUCUCGGUGGAUCUGGUGGAUCUGGUGGCUCUGCCCCGGUUGCGUCGUCGAAGGCGUCGUCCACUUCCAGCGCUACGGAUAUUGCUGUUACUACGGCCCCAACUGGCGCUGUUCAGACCCCGACUACAGCUGCUCAGCCUACUUCAUCCACUACAGUUGCUGCCCAGCCUACUACUUUCGCCACCACUGCCCGUCAAUCGGCUACUUCUGCCGCGUCGCAAGUCCCUACCGCCAGCGCUGAACCCUCCGCUAGCGCUUCGGCCCUGCCUUUCCCCACUGAUAGUGCUUCGGAUGUCUUGGCCUGGAUCCAGGCCAUGCUCACCAACUUGGUGGGUAACUAA